AGCGUUCGAAUAUACUUUACAGGCGAAGCGCAAAAAGGAUGAACAAGUGCAAGGGUUACGUGGAGAAUAUUUUCAAAUCGAUAAAGAGGCAGAUCAACAACUUGGACCCGGAGGAAGACGGAGAGACGCUGCAAGCGGUUGUCGACGCGUGCCAGACAUUUUACGUGUCACUUUUCGCGAGGGGAAAAGGCCUGUUCGGUCAGAGGCAGAUGGACAAAGAGUUGGCGAGAAACGCCCCGAAAAUUCCAACAGUUUCGUCGACGGAGGGAUCCGGUGAAACGUCUCAUCGACCUGACGACGAUCCUCCAAAGAGCAAGAAAGGCCUUGGCAAGGGUUCUCCGGGCGUGUUUAGGGCGAGAAACGUGACGAAACGGCAGGAGAGAACGCGCACCAGCGACGCGUUCCUCGGCCGUAAGCGAAAAUCAGCCGGCUCAAGCACCACAGGUGUAGCAGAGGGAACGAAACGAGCAUUGCUCCCGAAGUCGGCGGAGAGCACCACCAUGACAGCACCAGCAAUUCCACCAGCACCGAUGACACCACCGCAAACGGCACCCCGGCCACCUAAAAAAGCGCGUCUCGAGCAGCCGGAGAAAAGAAAACCUCUCUGCGCCCAGGCUGCGAAAGCCAACACGGGAGCAAAGCGAGUGCAAAUGAUGCAAAAGCUCGCGGCGGCCGGCGAGAAAGACGAGCCCCCAAAUCAUGUAGAAUUAGAACUAUUUUGGGGGGCCAUGAACGACUGGAAGAUUCUCGACGCUGGCUUGGUGGCGGCGUUGCAAUCCACGUGGGAGGAGAUGAAUUCCGAGAAAAGCAGAACGCCGGUGCAAAAAAUUCUCACGCUAACGGCAAUCCCGAACGGCGUGAGCAAUUGCAUUCAACACUGCAUUGGCAACCUGGUGCGAGAAUUUGUUCGGCAAACCAAGUCGGACGGUCGAAAGGUCACUAUAACGGCCGGCUGCGACGCGAUGGAAGACGAGAUAAGGGCCGAGCACUACCGAAGAUAUCGCGCAAUGGUGAAGGAUU